ACCACGAAGAUGCUGCAGUGCUUUUGCUUCACUUUAGCCGGCCCUGGGGGGUCCCUCACGAGCUCCUCCUUCCGCCGGGGGAAGAGCGGGCGCUGCUGAAGGAGGCGCUGGGACGCUCCACAGACUUCACAGACGGCUCUCUCCGAGCUCGAGUGCAGACAAGGAACUGUGUCCGACAGCAACUGCGUGACGAGCUUUCUUCCUGCUGGCCCGGGCGCGCCCGAUGCUGGUACCAUGGCUGACCCCGCAGCAGGAGAACCCGCGUCCCAGGCCGGCGAGCUCUGCAGCGAGUGUGGUCAGUCCCACCUCUUGCCUGACAAUCACCUCUAUAACUUCCAAGAUGAAGUGGACGACGAACUCAUCUGCCAUAUCUGCCUUCAGCCUCUGCUGCAACCGAUGGACACCCCCUGCGGACACACGUACUGUUUCAAGUGCCUCGAGAACUUCAUGCAGGAGUACAACUUUUGUCCCAUGGAUCGCAAAAAACUCUCUUUCCAGCAGUGCCACAAGUCCAGCCUCCUCGUGCGAAACCUGUUGGAUAAGCUGGUUGUGCUCUGUCCUUUCAAGGCGGAGUGCCAGCAGACAAUGCAGCGGUGCGAACUAGAAGCUCACCUGCAGAACAGGUGUCCCGGUUUCAAGAAAUAUAAAUCUGAACUAGAGCGGAAAAAGAACCUCUUUUCCAAAGGGAAAGAAGAUCUCCCUGCCAAGGUGGAAACAAAUACACCCAAGGAUCCAGAGAUACCAAGUGGAGGUUCAUCGCUUGUAGCAGAAAGCUCUGCAGCUGCGGUGGUAUCACUAGGGACUGCAGAGCCUGGACUGGUUAAUCCGGCUUUUGAAGAGACUGAAGAAGACCUUCCUCAGCGAGCUAGUCUCGUGGCUGAAACGAGCACGAUUGAAAUUCACCGAGAAGACCCCGAGGAAGAUCUGGGGAUGAGGAUAGUAGGGGGUAAGGAUACCCCACUAGGAAACAUUGUUGUUCAGGAAGUCUUGCGGCAUUCUGUUAUUGCUGCAGAUGGAAGAAUAGCACCAGGAGACCAUAUUCUUGAGGUGAAUGGUGUCAACAUUAGCAGUGUGACUCACUGUCAAGCUGUCUCCUUCCUGCGCCACCCAGGCCCCGUUCUUCACCUCAUGGUCCUGCAGGAGAAGGGUUUUUCCAAUAGGACUGUACAGCAGGAUUCCAGUUCUGCUCCAAACCGGGAAGUGAUCCACGUAACCUUGAUAAAGAGAGACCGAUCCGAACCCUUGGGAAUCAAACUCAUCAGGAAGACAGAUGAGGCAGGAAUUUUUAUUCUAGAUCUGUUAGAGGGAGGUUUGGCAGCCAAAAAUGGAAAGCUGAGCCGGAAUGACAGAGUGCUGUCCAUAAAUGGCCAGGACCUGAGGCAAGGAACACCUGAGACUGCUGCACAGAUAAUCCAGACCAGUGAAUCAAGAGUGAACUUUGUAGUGCUAAGGCAGCCAGGUGUACAGCUGUCAGACUCUGUCGAAGACGGCAGCACAUCGAACAACAGCAGCAGCAGCAGCAAUGGCGGAAGCCCAGUGCACCAUCGAAGAAGACUAGAUCAGAAUCAUUACAGACGAAAAUCUACCUACCAGAAGGAUCUACCUCAGGGAUACAUAAGUCAUGAGAAGACAGUUUCAAUAAAAAAGGAACCAAAGGAAUCUUUGGGAAUAACAAUUGGAGGUGGAAGGGAUAACAAAAACAAGCUCCCUAUAUAUGUAACAAGUGUGCAGCCCAUCGGAUGCCUCUUCAGGGAUGGCAGAAUCAAACGAGGAGAUAUACUUCUGAGCAUAAAUGGCAUUGAUUUGACUCAUCUGAACUACUAUGAAGCUGUCUCGGCAUUGAAAUCUAAUGCAGCUUCGCACUCAGUAGUACUGAAAGCCUUGGAAAUCCUUGUAUCAGACCCAACAGAUCCACCUCUGGACAUCAAGGAGCAAGGAUUCGGUUGGUCUCCCCUCUGGAUCACGUGGCUCGGGCUGCCUAGUUACCUUCACUGCUGUCAAGAUAUUGUCCUGAGUAAAGGUAACCUGGAAAGCUGGGGAUUCAGCAUUGUUGGAGGCUUCGAAGAAAGUAAAGGAAACCAGCCGUUCUUCAUCAAAACUAUAGUGCCUGGGACUCCUGCGUUCCAAGACAGGAGGCUGAAGUGUGGAGAUGAAAUAGUGGCAGUAAACGGAGUGCCCGCUAUAGGAAUGAGCAAUUCGGAACUAAUCCCAAUGCUGAAAGAGCAAAGGAACAAAGUCACUCUUACUGUGGUGUCCUGGCCAGGAAGCCUUGUGUGAGCGCCAAAACAAAAUAUGCAGCAGUUUCAAGGAUCAUCUUUGGUAUCGGAUAAUUGUUGACUAUCACACCAAGCUAAAUGACAGAUAAACCUGAACUCUUGCUAUAUAUAGAGUAUGUUGUCAUGGAAGACUUCACUUCCUUUUUGGAGAAAACAUUUCUAUACUGUGGUGAGGUUACCAACAAAUCUGAUUGUUAGAGUCAAUGUAAUAGUGAAUCACAGCCGUUCUAGCUUCCUGCACUCAUCAGAGCCCUUUAGGACUGGUGUUGUGGAGAAGGCUAUUUUCCCAGUGUUUCUCUACGAACUGUCCAUCUUUACUUUGAAGCAUUUUCCUCACCUGUAGAGCUCUGUUUUCCAUUUAAUGUUCUGAACAGGUUAAAACAGGAGUGACUGUCAGAUACUUCCUCUGCUAGUUAAGAAUACAGUUCUUGCUUCUGAUUGAUCUCUACCUGACUGCCAUUCUUGGACACUGGGUCAUUUUAUACAUUUUUAAAAGCCACUAAUAAAACUGUAAGGACAUGGAUCAGUUGAGGAGUUCCUAGCCCCCAGUACUGAUGGCUGUAGGCAACAGCAAUUGAAUGAAUGUUUAUUUUUAUAUAUGUAUUUAUAUAUAUAUAUAUAAAAUAAAAAAAAUCAAGAGCUGCUAUGUUAGCAUUGUUGAGCUGUGCUGACUUGUAUGAAGGGCCUAUCAGCAAUGAGGAACUUGUUUAAUUUUGAUCCCCUUCCUCAGCUUGGUUCCCUUGGUUUCAUGACUUGAUAAAACACUGAGCUGUUUACAAAGAAGGCAGAUGACUAAGUAAACAGGCUUGUUUACUUGUGAGAAACCUCUGUCCCAGGAAGCAGUCUCAUAAGCUUUAUCACAGCUUCCCAGUGAUCAGAUGCAGACUUAAAGCACAGGAGGAGGAAGAGGAAGAUGUACCUCUCCUUCCUCCCUUUACCACUGCCUGCCACACAGGUACUGCCAGGUAUGUGAGACUCUAGCAACACACUGGACUGGGGUAGGUGCAGAAUGGAAGUUGGUUGCCUCAUCACCUCUAACUGUGCUGUAGCAACUGCAUGAAAUAAGCUACCUCCAGAAGGACAGUGUGUCCGCUUUGGCUUCAGUUCAAAUGCACUGUGUAGUUAAAAUUUAGACCACAAGAAAUGAAGCCAAGGCAGGCUGACUAUAACACCUUGUUAAUGUCCUACUGGAAAAUCCUUCAUGAAGCAGUUUUUUUUUUUUUUUUUGUCAGUUAAUCAGCAGUAGAAAUGACUGAGAUCUUUCUCAAAUCAGGUUGAAUUAAAAAGAUCUUUCCUAGAAUGCUGUUAUUGCUGUAACUCUUAUGGGGCCAGCUCAGAUUGUAAGAAUCAGAGUUUUUCUUCUUUCCAUGUAAAAAUGCUUCCUGGAAUGAAUGUCUAAUUCCUUUUUGGAGUGAAUUGACUGCAGAUAAGUGCCCAUCAUCUUAAGCAGUGCCUUUUUUUAAAGUAGCUAUUACAGCAGAAUAGAAUUGUUCCUUGCUUGAUGAUUUAGCUGUUUACAUAUAGAGAGAGUUCAUUUCCUUUGGCUGUCAGCUUAAGGCAGUAUCCAGCAGGGCCUGUUAUCAGAGCCCAUUAUACAGAAAUAGCCUAGGAUCCAAUUGUCACAAAAGCUUCCCCCGGCAUGUGGUGUGGCCCCUUUGUUUGUUUGAUAAAUACUGCCAGGGACUUUGACAGCAGAACGAUUUCUUGGCCAGCUGGACUCCUGGGCCUUUUUUUCCUGUUGUUCCUAGUGAAUGGUGAGAGCAAUGUAAUUCAAAAGUCAGGAAGGUGCCUGUGGAAAAGUAGUUACUCGACCUCUGUCUGACAUAAAGAAACAGAAAAACCCAAAGUAACUUUUGUCUCUUUCCUACCAAGGUACAGAAGCUGUGCCUGGCAUGGAACGGUAAAUAUUGCUGUAGAUAUAAAGAGGGCAGGUUCCUACUGCAAGUAUAUAGCAAAAGAUGUCCCUUGUAUAAAGUAGAGUAGGAAGAAGUCAUGCAGAUGGUGGUCAGACAGUUUUAAAUGAAGGGGAUGCUGCAGCAGGCAGCAUGAUUUUUUACUAUUACUCCAUCUUGUUUCAAGGUGCCUUCAACUUCACCAAGAUGUCUUAGUAAUUAAAUAUUGUUUGCAAGAUCACCUUGUUAAUAAAUGUUGAAUUUGUUUUGAA